UGAGAUGAAGCGAAGGGUGGGCGUCACGUCUUUAAACGGUGGCAAAGGAGGAGUUUGUCGUUAAGACUUGUUGAUGAUCUAUGAGGCUGAGGAGGCAAGCGCGUGGCCGUUAAGACUUGUUGAUGCCGUUGAUCUAUGAGGCUGAGGCGGGAAGCGCGUGCGCCUCACUCGCUCCAUAAGGUUGAAGACGCUCAAUGAGCUCGAGCUGGAGGAUGAUUUCUUGAAUACGUGUCUCCUUUUUUCUUCACUGCCUCAUUUCAACUACUUAUGCCUCGCAUCUUUAUACUCUUGCUUCGGGCGAAGACUUUUUUAUAUGAGUUUAUUUGUUUGUUCGUUCCUGUCACAUCGAGUAGACGUCAUUCUCACCGGAGCCGGUCGACGUUACCUACAUUUCCCCCUCAGAAGACACUCCGCUUUUAAGAAAGCAAAAACGCAUAUCAUUAUUGAAAAAUCAUCUGACCUAGAACAUGGCUGAACGGGGAGCGAUCGUCUGAGGAGAACCCUUCAAGAAGUAUCUGAAUAUCAACAAAGAAAAGGCACUGAAACUUACCUCAACUCGUCGUCGUCUCGCCGUCGUUUCUGCCCUUAUAAAUCCCACGGACUGUCCUCAAGAUGACAGAACGUUUGAGCGAAACCGGCGUGGAUAUGUGGUAAACUUGGCGAAUAUGUGAGACGUAGGAAUAUGUGUAGUCGCAGGGCUCCACCUGGGAGAAGAAGGUGGUCGCGUUUCUCCGCUUGACAGCUCAGAAGCGAAAAACGCUUUUGUUUGUUCAGACUCCGGCAGUGGACGUCGCUGUCCAGCGUGCUGAAAUUUUCACCUGAUUUAUAAAAAAAUAAAUAAAGUGACGGGUUUGAGAUCCUCUCGAGCGUGAAUGAACGGCAGAGUAUAUGUCCGUAUUAUAUAUUUGGAAGAACCGGGCAACUCACGUGAAAAUCAUUGUCAGGAAUAAAAGGUAACCUGUAAACCGUGAGACUUCGCGAAGCAAUUGUUUUGUUUGAAAACUGGAGAACAUGUGAAAUACGAACAGUUAAGUAAUACCUCACCUUUAUAUUCAUCAUGCCAAUUCGGCGUCUUAUAUCACCGUUCGUGAUGUGUGGAUAUCUUUGAUCGUCAUCCGUUUGUAUCAAAGGGCAGAGCAAACAAACAGUCGCAAAAAUGGGACAAUAAUUGAGACAGAUCGGGCGGUUUGUUGUUGUUGUCUGUGCUUUGUGUGUAAGGAGUUCAACAGCCUUGUUUUUGAGACAUGGCAGCGGCGAUUGCCAGCGGUUUGAUCCGGCAGAAGAGACAGGCACGGGAGCAGCAUGUAGACCGACCAUCCACCCACAGAAGGAGGAAAAGCCCCAAUAAAAAUAAAGGGCUUUGCAAUGGGAACCUGGUCGACAUCUUCUCCAAAGUGCGAAUCUUCGGCCUCAGGAAACGCAGACUACGACGACAAGAUCCCCAGCUCAAGGGUAUAGUGACCAGGUUAUAUUGCAGGCAGGGAUACUACUUGCAGAUGAACCCAGAUGGAUCUCUUGAUGGGACUAAGGAUGACAGUAGUAAUUCUUCGUUGUUCAACCUCAUCCCUGUGGGCCUUCGGGUCGUUGCUAUUCAGUCUGUGAAGACGGGCUUGUACAUCGCCAUGAAUGGAGAAGGCCAUCUGUACACAUCGGAACUGUUUACGCCGGAAUGCAAGUUUAAAGAGUCUGUUUUUGAAAACUACUAUGUGAUCUACUCAUCGAUGCUGUACAGGCAGCAGGAGUCGGGGAGAGCGUGGUUCCUGGGCUUGAAUAAAGAUGGCCAGGCCAUGAAGGGGAACCGGGUCAAGAAAACUAAACCAGCUGCUCACUUCCUGCCCAAGCCAUUAGAAGUCGCUAUGUACCGCGAGCCAUCGUUGCAUGAUGUGGGGGAGACAGUGCCCAAACCCGCCGUGCCUCCCAGCAAAAGCACAAGCGAGCCCGCCGUCAUGAAUGGAGGCAAACCCGUCAGCAAGGAAACCAAGCCCACCACAUAGCCAGAUCUCCGCUCAGCCACACUCAACCCUGGAGAGACGCGCUCCUUUUGUCAGACUCUCCGUGUUUGUGGAUCGGGUCCGGGCGUCCUCCGCUCUCUCCCUCCCUUUCCCUCCGCCUUCCUUCACUUUGCUGACUGUUCCGAUCCAAUUCGGCGGACUGGCUUUGGAAGCGCGGUCUGCUGUGCACGUUGGAGGACGCAACUGGAUAAACCAGCUAAACUCUCACCAUGGAAUGCCCUAACCGAUAUGGAAUGCCUUUUACAACAAAACCAAUCUUUUUUCUGUAAUCGAGACAAUCCACGAUAAUUAAAUUGUGUGCCCUUUUGCCUGCUUACAGUCACCCGUUAUAUCCCUUUUAUUCUCUGGCAGCAGAGGCCGUAUGUUUCAGAUCUGUUUUCUUUAUAUACGCAGUAUCGCCAGGUACGUUCUGGGUUAUACUGUAAAGAUAUACAUAUAUAGACUGCAAUUCACGAUUUUUUUUCAAGUCAGCUCCCCUGUGUCUUGUGUCAGUGGCCCUCACUCUCCAAAAGCUUGAAUUCCAAAUCUUCCCUUUGUCGGUUACUUACGAAUCUUGUCGGGCUAUGUGUAAUUUUCUAUGGCAAAUGUGCAUUGUUACAUGCAGUUGUAUAAUAAUGGAUUGACGGAUCACGAGACGCAGCUGGUGACCUGUACGCAGAGGACUAUCAGGGUGGAGCCACCUAAACCCAGAAUCAAACUCAAUGUCUUCUCAUUCUCUUCAUGUUUAGAAAGUGACACAAAUAUACAGUCAAUGUCACACAGUCGAUAAAAGGAGCUGGCAUGUGCUGGGGAGCUUUAUACGGUACAUAUCACUAUAUCUAGUUCCCACUAGUAUGGUGCAGAUUGGUUUAAACUCCUGAAUUCCACUUUCUUUGCUCUUAAUUUAGAGAGCGUGGGCUCUAGAGAUAUCUAUAGGCCUUGUAGGCCUCUGGUCAAGGCCUCUCUUUAACAUGCUGAGUCCUCUGAACUAUGGGCUAGUUCCCGUGAGCACAUUCAAUGUGACGCGAGCGGCAGCCGUGAAUAAAUACAGUCUACUUCAGGCCUGCGCGGUCUGUGAGGCACCAUUACCAUUAGCUGCACACCCAUUUCAUUCAGCUAAGGCAUGGGCAAGGUUAGUAUUACGUUUUAUUCUUGCAGCGCUGUCGCAGUGCAAGAGAUGGCUUCUGUAACGAUGUUUUCACUGUAUAAAAAGAAAAGAAAAAUCGGAACAAAAAACGAACUAAACAAAUAGAUUUUUAACUACCAGAUAUUACGAUUCUGAAACGAGAGGGGUUUUUCCUAGCUCAGCAUGCAGAGUCAAAUACUGUUCAUCAUGUGCCUGUGAUGACCUCUAACCCAGCAUGCAAAAACAUGUACCCAGUCUGUGCUGGGUUAAAGGUGCCUCAUGCCCCAGACGCCAACGGGACCACACACACACAUUCAAUAGCAAGCUCACCCACUAACCCUCUUUCAAUCCAAGCUUCAUCCCGCAGGGGUCGAUCUUGAAAUUUACCAAAGUCCGUAAACACGAGAAUCCAGCCGAACGGUUUCAGUAACUCGGAGGAUGGGGGGUCCUCCUUCCUCACUGUGACUAGGGUUCAUCCUUGGAGAGGAAUUGUUGACUUUUUAUCGUCUCGAUUGAAAAGGCUCAGAUGUCCUUCACUUGUAGUGUUCAUUUAAACCAGGGGUACCUAUUACUAAUCACCUGCAUGUUUUUUCUUACGGACCAAAGUAUGGGAUGGGUAGAAACGUGUAGUAUACGAAGCGUUGGCCUACAGCGAAUGGGCAUGAUUAUAUAAGGCUCUCUCAUACUCUGGAUUGAGACCAUUGCACUUUGCGUUUGAAAUUUGACUCAUCUACUCAUUUUACGAACAAUUAGGCGAUUGUUGGCCGAGUUGACAUGAAGCCUGUCUUGCUUUCCCAGUUUUCCUAGUUUGGAUGACUACAGUUUAGAAUGUUAUGAAGUAGACUGAGGCUAUGCUGCUAAAUACAAAUAUAUUCGACACUUCGUUUAAAGACCUGUGUUUUCAUUUCUCGGGAUUAUGAGCUAGUUUCAUAUUAGGAAAUGUUCAAGCACAUUAGUUAGAACUUAAAUAUUUGUCUGUACAAAGCCGACUUUAAUGCUAGAAUGAGAUGCAGUACUAUACUGAAAAAGUAGCUUCAUAUUUGAGAUGGAAGGCUGGUGUCCCAAUUCCACACGAAACAAAUCACUCACUCACUCAAAUGAGCUCUACAUGCUGGGCUACACUUGCCCUGCGAACCAGUUAACUGGUUUAAUGAAGGCUGAAUUUAUUUUUGUAAGUGACUGGUAAGUGUGCAUUUGUUAGUAUGUUCGUUUGUUUUAUCCUCGUUCAGAUGUCUGUGUUUGUUUCGUUCCAUUUGGGUUGUGUGCGUGUGUUGUUGUCGAGUCAUGAACAACUGAUCUUUCUGUGGAUUUCUUUUGGUUUCUUUUCAGUGGUCAAGGAAGGUUUUCAUUGUCUGUAGGUUGGUUUUAAUAGUUUUAAGUUGACAGUUUAUUCAUCUGUUGCAUGGGAAGAGGGUGGCAUAUAAGAACUGCAUGUCGUAGGCUAUGUGUAUCAUGGACUGUUGGUAUGUUCUGCUAAUUUUACAUACAUAUAUGCAAAGAGUUUGUCUGCACUGUACAGUUUGUGUUUGUUGUAUACACAGAUACAACAUAUUGAAUAAAAUAUUUAUAUAA